GUAUAUUUUGGUAUGAUUUUAGUUGAUUAUAUGUGCUGCAAAAAUUUCCAGACAAAACUUACUUCAUUUCCCUAGAGUCAUGAUGAAAACCAUUCUGGUGCUUUUGCUUUGUUCUUUCAUGACUAUCCUUUUUGAUACUGCUUCUGCUGCACGACCUUAUGAUGACGUUCCUUACAAUAUAUGCUCAGUUGCUACUGAUAACUCUGUGGGUGAUAGUACGUUUCAAGCAAACCUUGUGAGUUUACUCAAUUUCUUGCCUCUCAAUGCCUCUGUCUCCAGAUUUUAUAAUGCUUCAAUUGGAGAUGACCCAGAUAGAGUUUACGCUCUCUAUAUGUGCCUCGACUUUCUUUCAAAUGAUACUUGUCAUAGCUGCAUAGUAGAAGCAAAAACACGUAUCAUGGAUGGUUGUUCAAUGUCAAAACAAGCAAUUGUAUGGUUGGAAUCCUGUCAGCUGCGCUACUCCAAUGAGAAUUUCUUUGGCAAAUUGAAUGUAUCCAACAACAUUCUUCAAGUCAAUAGAAAGAAUACUUCAGAGCCAGAAAAGUUUAGGUCUGUUGUGAGACCAAAGCUUAGUGAACUCACUGAGGAAGCGGCUUAUAAUGAUACUUUCCCUAAGAUGUCUGCCACUGGAGAAGUACUAUUUGGAAAUGAAACGAUAUAUGCUCUUGUGCAGUGCACUACCGAUUUAUCUGAAGAUGACUGUUACAAGUGCCUUCAGAGAGCCACAGGACAAGUUUUAGAAGUAUAUUUCUUCUCCAUGGGUGCAAGACUUCUCAGUCCUAGUUGUUACCUGAGGUAUGAGAAAUACUCAUUCUACGCCUACGAUGAUAAAAAACAAGCUUCAAAAAAUCAAGUUUCAAAGGGUGGAAAGAAUAUUUGGUUGAUCACAAUCCUAGUGAGCGUAUCAGCAUGCCUGGCUUUUGUACUUUUUGGUCUCUGUAUCUUGCUUGCAAUGAAAAGGAGAAAAAGAAAAGCGCUUUUCUUUUCUCCAUCUUCAGACAAUAGUGUAACAUUAGGUUUACCUACACUUAUCCGUAGAAGCCAAUUUAUAGGAAGGAACAACAUAUGCGCUCAGGAGUACCGCAAUAUCAGCUUUGCGUCUAUACUAGAAGCUACUUCCAACUUCUCGGUGUCAAAUAAACUUGGGGAAGGCGGUUAUGGUCCUGUUGACAAGGGCAUCAUGACUGAUGGAAAGGAAGUGGCGAUUAAGAGGCUUUCAUGCUGUUCCGAGCAAGGCUUAGAGGAAUUCACAACUGAGGUUCAACUGAUAAUGAAUCUUCAACAUACAAAUCUUGUCCGGCUUUUGGGUUAUUGUGUAGAAGGAGAGGAGAAGCUUCUUGUCUAUGAAUACAUGCCAAAUAGAAGCCUAGAUGUCAUUCUUUCUGAUUCAAAGAAACGCGCACAACUUGAUUGGACCAGACGUAAAAACAUUAUUACUGGAAUUGCGAGGGGAAUUCUCUAUUUACAUAAGGAUUCUCGCCUUAGAAUCAUCCACAGAGACCUCAAAACUAGCAAUGUAUUAUUGAACAAUGAGAUGAGCCCAAAGAUCUCAGAUUUCGGCAUGGCUAGGAUCUUUGCAGGAAGUGAAGGACAAGCUAAUACUGCUAUAAUAGUUGGAACCUAUGGAUACAUGGCUCCUGAAUAUGCAAUGGAAGGACUGUAUUCUUUCAAGUCUGAUGUCUUUGGCUUUGGAGUACUCCUGCUUGAGAUAUUAACUGGGAAAAUGAUCGCUGGCUUUCAUCGAACAAUGCGUGCUAGCCUCCCAUCAUAUGCAUGGAAAUUAUGGAAUGAAGAAAAAGGACUGGAGCUAAUUGAUCCAUUGCUGGUUGGUUCGUGUGAUUCAGAUGAAUUUUUGAGAUUUCUCCAUAUUGGAUUGUUGUGUGUUCAAGAAGAUGCAUAUGAUAGGCCAACCAUGUCUUCUACUGUUGUAAUGUUGAAGAGUGAAACUAUACAUCUUAGCCAACCUGGAAAACCUGCCUUUUCCAUUGGAACAUUCGGUGAUGUACAUAAUAAGGCUGGUGCAGAUAGUAGCUCUUAUAAUGGGCAAACAAUUUCCAACAUAUUUGCAACAAUAUAUCUGCCAGAAUUGAAUAGUCGUAGAGACCUAAUUGUGUAUAUGUUUGAGUCUUUCUUGAACCCUUUACUGAAAACUGAUAUAGAUCAAGUUUCAGUUAUGAUUUUCAUAAUUAUACUACUUUUGUUUUCUACUACCACUAUUGAUGCAGAUCUUCUUUUCAAAGACUGUCGAGAAACCAGAAACUACACUAUCAAUAGUCCAUUUGGAAAUAAUCUCAACCUGCUCCUUGAGUCAUUGUCCUCCAACACUUCAACCUCUGGUGGUUUCUAUAAUGACACGAUUGGCAAUGGCACCGACCGAGUCUAUGGACAAGCACUUUGUAGAGGGGAUGUGAACUCCACAGCUUGUCGGAGCUGUGUUCAUGAUGCAAGCAAGGAUAUCGUCGAAAGUUGUAAUAAUUCAGAAGCAAUUAUAUGGUAUGAAUUAUGUCAAGUUCGUUAUUCCUAUAUCACGUUCUUUUCAAAAAUGGAUUAUGCCGAGAAGGAUCCUGAGAAGAAUAAGGGGGAGAAGAAUGUAUCAAAUCCGAAUCUUUUAGGCAAUGUUUUGAAAAGCUUCAUGUCAAAGCUCGUGAAGCAGACUGCCUAUAAUUCUAAGCUCAUGUUUGCAACCGGCGGUGUGAAACUUUCAAGAAACCAAUCUGUCUAUGGUCUACAACAGUGCACUAGAGACAUUUCUGGAAGUGAUUGCGACACAUGUUUAAAUUCUGCUGUUACUGAGCUUUUGACAUGCUGCUCUACUCGUGAAGGUGGAACCGUUGUCAGUGCGAAUUGUAAUGUGAGGUUUCAGCUCUACCCAUUUUUUAACGGAGGGGACAAGAGGAAGAUCUGGAAGGUGGUCGUUAUAUGUGUAUCCGCUAUACUAUCAGCAGUUCUCAUUGUACUUUGUGUUGGCUAUGGGAGAAGGAGAUUGAAAACUGUUCAAGAUGAAGAAAGAAGCCGGCAUGGACUACUACCUGGAUUAUUAAACCCUACUGGAGUAACAAUCAUAGAAGAAAACAAAAUGGUAGGUUUUGAAGAGCUGCCAUUCAUUGAUCUAGCUACUAUCAAGAAUGCUACAGAUGAAUUUUCAGAUUCAAACAAGCUUGGACAAGGUGGAUUUGGUUCUGUUUACAAGGGUUGGCUAGAGGGGAAAGAAGUAGCAGUUAAAAGAUUAUCACGAAAGUCAUGGCAAGGCUUAGAGGAGUUUAGGAAUGAAGUCACUCUUAUUUCAAAGCUUCAACACAGAAACCUCGUGCGGCUUUUGGCAUGUGGCUUUGAGGAAGGAGAAAAGCUGCUUUUGUACGAGUUCAUGCCAAAUAAAAGCCUUGAUACAUUUAUCUUUGAUUUGGAAAGACGAGCUGAACUUAAUUGGCAAACAUAUCAGAAUAUCAUUGAAGGAAUUGCCAGAGGACUUCUGUAUCUUCAUGAGGAAUCCCGGCAUAAGAUCAUUCACAGGGAUUUGAAGCCCAGCAAUGUGUUGUUGGACUAUGAAAUGGUUCCAAAAAUAUCGGACUUUGGAAUGGCAAGGAUGUUUUGUGACAACCAGAACACUGCCAACACCAAAAGAGUUGUAGGAACGCACGGCUACAUGGCUCCUGAGUAUGCAAUGGAGGGACUAUUUUCAGUAAAAUCUGAUGUUUUCAGUUUCGGAGUACUCUUGCUUGAGAUUAUUAGUGGGAAAAAGAACAGUGGGUUUUACCUAACAGAACAUGCCAAGACAUUGGUUGAAUAUGCAUGGACACUAUGGAAGGAUGGAAAAGGGUCGGAGAUUGUGGAACCUUUGUUGAUGGAACGAUGCCCAAAAGUAGAGGUUUUGAGAUACUUGCAGGUUGCGCUUUUAUGCUUGCAGGAAGAUCCUGAAGAAAGACCAACAAUGUCAGCUGUGGUUGUGUUGCUAGGAAACGAUGACUCGAUUAAUGGUCUUCCUGAACCAAAGAAACCAGCCAUCUUUGCAAUAGGUAGAGUUUCUUCAGUGAAAAUGUCUACCUACAAUCCUUGUACGUGCUCAAAUGAGCCCACUAUUUCCAGCAUUUCACCUAGGUGAAGGAGGUUGCUUGCUAAUUACCCAGGUUCUAUGUUCAAAACUCUAGCUAGGUUUAAUUAGGAACAACUAUAUAUAUGCAAUCACAUUCUGUAUAUUUAACUAAUUAAUUGAUUCAAAUGAAGUUGAUUUGUUCUGUAGCAAUGAAGAGCAUUGUAAUUUAUGUAAUAUGUCUUACAAGUUAAGGGAAACCGGAUUCCCA